GUUUGGACCAUGUUGCUAGCCGUACUAAACUGACAGCUAUACUUGCACUACAUUUACUCGUGUUUCAGUUUCUCCCUAAAAACACUCCAGAAUGGCGUUUCAGUGUCAACGAGACUGCUAUAUGAAAGAGUUUGUCACCUCUGUAGUCUCCUGCAGCCCGGCUGAGCUCAAACAUGAAGUCAGUGGAAAGAAAGAAACUCUGAAGGGCUUCAAUGUCAAGCUCCAAGACACCAUCUUGUUUCCUGAAGGAGGUGGACAACCAGAUGACCACGGGCUGAUUGGAGACGUCCCAGUCUUGAGGGUGACGAGGCAGGGGCCUGAGGCGGUUCACUUUGUGGGCUCGCCUCUGGAGGUGGGUCAGGAGGUGCACGUGAAGGUGGACUGGGAGAGGAGGUUUGACCACAUGCAGCAACACUCGGGUCAACAUUUGAUCACAGCUUUGGCAGAUAAUCUUUUUGGAUACAAGACAACAUCCUGGGAACUUGGGCGCCAGAGAAGCACCAUUGAACUGGACACUCCCUCUGUGAAGCCUGCACAGCUCCAGGCCCUGGAGGAAACCAUAAACGAAAAGAUCAGACUCCAUGUCCCUGUGAUUGUUCAGCUUCUCUCUAUAGAUGACCCCGCUGUGGAAAAGGUGAGGAGUCGGGGGCUGCCAGGCGACCAUGCAGGGCCCAUCCGGAUCAUUGACAUCGAGGGCGUCGAUGCCAACAUGUGCUGUGGAACCCAUGUGUCUAACCUCAGCCACUUACAGGUAAUAAAGCUACUGGGAACGGAGAAAGGAAAGAAAAACAAAACCAACCUGAUCUUCCUGACAGGAAACAGGGUAUUGAAGUAUGCUGAGAGAAGCUACAGCACAGAGCGAUCGCUGGUGUCUCUCCUGAAGACCGGACCUGAGGAGCAUGUUGAGGCUGUUGACAAGUUGCAGAAGUCUGUAAAGAUGCUACAGAAAACUAACCUGAGUUUGCUGCGAGACAUGGCUGUGCUCAUCACUCAGAACUUUAAGAACGACCCCCAGAGAGGAAACUUCUUCAGCUUGCACAAAAAAGAAGGCGACAACGAGUUCAUGAAUAUCAUCGCCAAUGAAAUAAACACGGAGGAAACACUGGUUUUCCUGAGUGUCGGAGAGGAGAAGGGACCCGGUUUGUUUCUAAUGGCCGGACCCAGUGAGCGAGUGGCUGAGAUGGGACCGCGGGUGUUGGAGAUGCUCCAAGGGAAGGGGGCAGGGAAGAACGGACGUUUCCAAGGAAAAGCCAACAGCCUGGCACGCAGAGGGGAGGUGGAGGCUUUCCUGCAGCAGCGCUGCACACCUCACACAGAGGAAGAAUAACAGCGAUGGCUCCAUACAAACACUUCAUGAACUGGAAGCUUCACCCGAUGUGAUCAUGUCUGAACAACACGUGCUGUACAUAUCUGUUAAAUGUCAUGUACAGUUUUAUUAAUAAAAACUUUUGCUGCUG